AUGUCGUCAACAACAUCACAUAAACAGCUGCGUCUAAUGUGUCCUUCGACCGUGUCCUAUCAUCAACCCCACUACAAUGGAAGGCUCUAUCAGCAAGGUUCCACGAGCCCAGUGGUGUGGACUGGGCAUGCUUCGAAUCACGCCACAUCGUCUCCGUCAACAAGCACACCAAGCACGACUUGGUCGAAUAGUCCUCCCCUUGGCGACAUGCACGCUUACAGAGAAGAGCAACUCUUUUGGGACGACGACUCAAUGCCCGAAUACCUGGACUUGACGACCUCCACAUCUCACGGCAAUCAAGUUUCGAGUCCCAGCGGGUGUGAAUCUACAGCCUGGAGCACCAUCUACAGCUCAACAACUUCGUACAGCCAACCGGACCAGAGUCCUCCAGUAGAGUUUGACGUGUCUUCCCUAUAUGGCGCGAAAUCACGAUCCCAGCAAGCCAUCGACAAGCGCAAGUCGCAGAAUCGGAAAGCACAAAGAGCCUACCGUGCUCGCCGCGAAGCACAAGUCAAAAAGCUGAUUGAUGAUCUCAACGCCCUGUUACAGCGCUGCGACCAGGACAGGAUGGAACAGGAGCGUCUGCGCAGGUGCCUCGCCAAACUCCAGCGAGAAAACGAGGAGCUGAAACGACUGCUGAGGAGCGGGUAG